UCAAAACUUCAAAAAUAAAAAUAUUUGCCGCGGGAAAUUUUGCAAUCUUCGUAAACUAUUUAUUUGCUUUUACCCUUUUGAAUAUGUCUAGACAAGAUAUAUCAAUUCCAAAAGAUAACGAUACGUCUCAUAUUUCCCAAUCAUUUCGUGAUCAGAAACAAAUUGAAUCGUUUAUACGACGAAAUAAUUUGCUCAAAAUUAUAGAAGGAGCAACUGAAAAAUUUAUAAAAAAGUAUAGCGAUAGUAGGAAGCCAGAGGACGCACUGGGUGCUCUACUGUUACCACUUCGAUUUGAAUAUGUCGAAUUUACACGCAUCGAAGACGUAGAAUUGCUGCAUUUAGUUGUGGAAGAGCCAUUACAAUUUUUAAACGCCGCUAAAUAUUGCACAUAUUCGCUUAUUCGCGACCAUAUUAAACUAGCUGGGAGUACAGGAGACGCUGCUGGUGGUCUUAAAUCCAUCGAUAUUGAUCAGGUGCAUAUUCAGCUGCGCUUUAUAGGAUUGCCUCAGCAGGAAGAUUUGCAUUUUGCACCUUUUAAGAAUUGUUGGCCGCCAGGACUAUCGUGGACAACUGGGAUUUUGUCGGCAAUCUCCGAACCCAAAGUUGAAGUACUACAAUCGACAUGGUAUUGUUCAACCGGAUGCAAUCGAAAUAAAAUAAAAUCGGAGUCAACUGAUGCACCUACAUGCAACAGUUGUGGACGUCAAAUGAAUGAAUACCCAAAAUUACGUGUAACGGAAAAUUACCGUUUAUUGCGAAUUCUCCCACCUGAGUGCAUUGAAACCCCGCGCAUUUUGAAUAAGAUCUUUCGCGCGCUUACCGUGCAAGCCAGAGAACACGUCUACGAUUGCGAUUUGCGUUUAGGUAAUCUAUAUAAGAUAAUAGGCUUCUACGAUUAUACGCGCCCUGGCCAGCUAUUUCAAGCAUGGAGCAUAAAAACAUAUUAGAAAGCACAUUUGCG